UUUUUUUUGUUGGCUAAAAUAAUUUACACAAAAAAACAGCGAUCAAAUUCUAAAAAAGAAUAUUUUUUCUUUUUUCUGUAUGGAUGACAGAAUAGAAUCAAGAUUAGAGGUUGGUAAACGACCUUCACGUCAACGUCGUCAUUUACCUAUACCUAUGACUUCUGCAACACAAACGAGUCGCACGAUUCAAACUAAACAUGAUGUACCUUUACUUGACAUGUCCCUUAAUGAAACAAAUGCAACCGCCACUACAGAAAGUCAACCACUCGUCCAUGUUGCUCCUGUGAUCAAUAACCGUAAAAGGAAACAAAAUGGAAAGAAUAAUAAUGUUCUUGAUAAAAAAGUAGAUACCCCAUCUUUACAUCCUAAAGAAAGAGCUCGUCAAUUUGUAAAAGAGGCUACAGUUAAAAAUGAUAGAAAGAGAAAACGACUGAUUUGGAUUCUAAGUAUAAUUUGGAUGAUGUUUAUUAUCUAUCGUAUUUAUAACAGAGUAAUUCUCAAUCUAAGCUGGAAUUUUUUCUUUUUUUCCUGACAAGACAAUGAUUUUCUAAAGUGGGCGAGAGGGUUUAUUACCGUAACUCAUUAAUCCCGUAUAUUAUGUGUAUAUAUAAUGGACUUGACAAUUAAAUUUAUUAUUAAAUAAAAGUUUAAAAUUUUUUGAAAUAUCAAUUAGAGUUAUUUGAAAAAAAA